AGUUUCCCCGCCAUUUAUAACAAGGGAGAGAAGAGGGAGAGAGCUAUGGCGAGUGUCACUCGCGAAUCACACUCUUAGCAGCAGCAGCGUCACAUUUCGUGCGCCAUUGCUGGGGAUAGAUUCGCGGGGGCGCUCAUUCUUUCAGUGUUGGGCUUAUAGGGUUUUUGAGGAGGUCGGGAUUUUCUGGCGGCCAGGAGCGCGGCAGGAGCUAGCGCAAUGAGUUCUUGCUGCUGAGCGCCCGGAAUCGGCAGCGAUUUCUUUGCGACUACGGCGAAGAAUUCGUCACGGGGAUGGGAUCUACUAAGAAAGGGAUCAAUAAUUCUGGUUUUAAGACAGCUACGAGAAGUAGCACGAGGAUCUCCGUGGACGAUGUGAUGAACUUGCGCCCGCGCAAUGGUGAGAACGCUACUUUCCAUCAAGGCGAUCAAAGUCAGUUCUACGGAGGAUCCGAUCUUCCAUGCAAUAACAAUCUUUCGCCAAGUACGUCCGGACGGUUUGCUGGUCCAUCAGUCUCGAUGGACAGUGGAAGCAUGGGAUCUCCUUCCCGAUGCAGCGACGUUGCAAUGUUUACUCCCGGAUCAAAUGAAGCCACCGGGAGGUUUUCACAAGCCGAGAGCUAUGACGAGCCAGCUUCUCCAGACAUGGUCGGUAGAAAGAAGAAGCGUGGGCAUCGUGCAGCGAUUGGGGGAGAGAAAGGAGGCAAGGGAUUGCGGCAUUUUAGCAUGAAAGUUUGUGAGAAAGUCGAAAGCAAAGGCCGUACGACUUAUAACGAAGUGGCCGACGAGCUUGUAGCCGAGUUCACAAAUCCAAAUGGUCUAGUCGGCUCUCCGGACCAGCAGUACGAUGAAAAAAACAUCAGAAGACGUGUGUACGAUGCUCUGAACGUUCUUAUGGCCAUGGACAUUAUAUCCAAAGAAAAGAAGGAGAUCCAAUGGAAAGGGCUCCCAAGCACCAGUUUCACCGAUGCCGAGCAGCUGAAGUUCGUGCAGGAAGAACAGCUGCGCGUCCGCUCGAGGAUAGAAAAGAAGAAGAAGUAUCUACAGGAGCUGCAAGAUCAGAUCGUAGGCAUUCAAAAUCUCAUUCAUCGGAAUGAGAGAAUGUACAACGGCACUGGGAACUUUCCUGCUGGAGGCGUUGCAUUGCCUUUCAUUCUUGUACAGACUCGACCCCAAGCAACCGUUGAAGUCGAGAUAUCCGAAGACAUGCAAGUAGUUCACUUCGAUUUCAACAGCUCGCCAUUCGAGCUCCACGACGACGCCUCCAUCCUCAAAGCCAUGAAUUUCUGCGACCCGGGGUCCAAGCCUGGCGGGGGAUCCAAGCACGAGAAUGGAGGCUUCGACGCGAGCCCGAUGGACGAUGGCUCCUCCCCUCUGCCGAGCAUGUAUCACCACCACCACCACCACGGCCGGUCCCCCCGGAUGAUGAAAAAUGGCCUCUCGCCGCCGCCACUGCCAGGAAUUCUCAAGGCCCGCGUCAAACAGGAGCACUAAGUACCGAGGGAAAAAACAUCAUCACCCAAGAACGUUUUUUGCAAUAAGAGGUUGCAAGAGAUUCUUGUUUAAGUCAACGGUCAACAGUCAAAAUCUGUAGUCCAUGAUUUUUAUUU